CGAUUCUGAAAAGAACAUGGCGGGUAGCAACACAUACGAAGCUUGAAGAGCAUAGAACUUUUGAUGUUGCAGCACAGUCAGCCUCAUCGUCACCUAUGAAGUAAUCUGUGAUCGCAUCCAGGGUGAUCCUUUGCCCUAAUCCAACAUGUUGGAACUAGAUGUUGUCCCAGAGAAAUCACUGGGAAAUGAUCAGUGGGAGCUCGUUUUGGGAAUGGCUUUUAGCCAGGUGGUGCACAUCCUUCAACAACAAUUCAGAGUAAUAAAAGGCGUGCAGAUAAUUUAUAGUGAACUUAAUCCCCUAGUAAACGAUUUGAUUAUAAUUCUGUCCGAGGAUGGAAUCCGGCUCUGCUUUGAUCCAACGUCUCAACGUUUGAAGAUAAUAGAAGUAAAUGACAUGUCCAGAGUGAAAUUAACCUACUGCGGAAACCCUUUCUGUUCACCCGAGAUCCUGCCGACACGGCAACAGAUUGACGACUCCUUCGGAGCUACACACCCUGGAGUGUACGAUGCAUCACAGCAGAUGUUUGUGCUGAAUUUCCGAGGGCUCUCCUUCUCAUUCCAGGCAGAUCCAAAAGUACAGCCAAAAGGUGGUGAAGAUAUGACUUCCAGUCUGCAUUACCCCAAUGGGACUUCUCCAAUGGUGUCCAAAAUGGCCAUAUACUACGGAAACAGCCUCAAAGACACAAAGCCGCCUCCGCUACCCUUAUCUUGCUUCCACAACUGCACAUUUCUUGAAUCACUUGAGGUGAUACGGAAUCGCGAUACCACCACGGGGCUCAAGCUCACAUUGUUGACUGAAGCAUUUGAAGUCUCCCGACUGUCCGGUCCCGUGCAAAAGAACCUGAUCAGGACGAUAAAAUUCGGUGACACUGUUCAGGAUAUUGUUGCGGCAUUGGGGUCCCCCAACAAAGUUUUUUACAAGGAGGAGGACAAAAUGAAGAUCCAUGCCCAGAACUCUCACAAGCUGCUCACCUCACGGUCAUCUGACUACUUCUACAAUUAUUUCAACCUCGGGAUGGACGUACUGUUUGAUGCAAACAGUCACCGUGUGAAGAAGUUUGUGCUGCACACCAAUUAUCCGGGUCACUACAACUUCAACAUGUACCACCGUUGCCAGUUUACCAUCUCCUUGCGCAUGCCGCGCACACCAGAGCAGCGUGGAACGAUGCUUGUUGAUGUACCAGACCACAACACGCAGGUUGUUACAGCCUUCACCAAGUGGGAUGUCAUACAAGAACGCCUGGUCAAGCCAACUGAGAGGCCAGUUGUUCUGAACCGGACAUCUUCAACCAACACUACCAACCCAUUUGGUUCAACCUACUGCUAUGGGUACCAGGACAUUAUUUUUGAGGUGAUGCGCAAUAAACACAUAGCAUCAGUGACGCUAUACCAGAAAGCAUCCAAGUUGACUGCAAAGCCUGCUGGAUCAUGACUAUGGCACAUGAGGUGGUACCUAGUCAACUUCCUUCUCACUAUGCUUCGCGACCGGUUGACGAGGCACGUCGUUGCCUGCGCCUCAAAAGCCGCUGUCUCUGUCUGAUCGUCGCCAGCAUCGUGUUGCCAACUCUUUUGGGUCUUCUUAUCUAUUGCUCCACUUUCAACAAAACAUAGUGCUCAAGAGACAUGUGCAAAGCUGCAACAGCAGUAAAGUCCAGAAAAAAGGAAUGCUUUGCAGAGCUUCGUUACUUGACUAGGUGGAUAUGGAAGAAGAACGGAAACGACGCUUGUGAAAUACUAUGUCCAUAGUAUAUGAAAGUUAUUUCUAUGUUGCCUUCUGCACUACUAUUUUUUUACAAGUUAUGGGGACUACUACCUUGUUUGAGGCAAAAAGAAGAAAAAAUUCUACACAACCUUUAAUAGAACCUUUAGAUACUAAAGUUUCUGGUAUGUCAGUGCACAAAGUUCAAGAACACAGGGCUUUAUGUAACUUUUGUGACUCAGUGGUAAUGUGCACAACAUUCAAUCGUUCAUACCAACACAUCCAUGCUCACAUCUUGUAGAAGAACUGGCAAAACAUUAUGUGUAACCAAACGUGUGCCCAGGUAUAUAAAGGCACGCAUGCACAUACAGUUAUGUUUGUCACGGGCAUAGUGUUUCAAAAUGAAAGUUUUUGAGACAUGCAUUUUUUUUAUACGGGGUUCAGAUGACACAUUAAUGGGCAGAUGGAGCCUUCAGUUGCUUCCGGUAAAAGCUGUCAGUGUGCUUGUUGCACUUUGCAUUAAGAGAAUCAUGCACCAUAAUUUAUUCCUUAUCAAAAGCUACACAGUUGCUGUCAGACAUUGGGCUGUGCCCACACUUCGAAUAAAGUCGUAUCAAUUAUCCUGCCAGUAAUAAUCAUGUUUAAAAAUGAUCUCAUCAACUGGGAGCUGUACAGUGUAUAUUAGAAUGUCCCUAAACGUAUGUAGCUCGUACUACAACUGCUAACAUUUCUCUUCCUCGUGACAUGCAAGUUGAUGUUUCUGUAUAUACCCUAUAAAUAGUAUACAUAGAGAAAAGUAUAGUGAAAGUUGCAUAUGUACCACACCGUUGUGGUUUAGGUGCCACCAUUGUAACACUAUCUCAGUUUUCAAAUUUAUUUGUAACAUAUGUCACUUGCCCCGUGAUACACAUGUACAUGUACCCAAUGUCCCUUGCAAGUGCUCCACCCCCACCCCACUUUCUCACACAAAUUGCUGACCCUUGACAACUUUUACCAUGACCUAUGUUCCUUCAUGAAAGCUCAAGGUUCUCAAGAUCACCCCCAAUUUUCCAACAACCCUUGAGUUAAGCAUCGACUGGCGCUUGCUCAGGAUUUUACGGUGCAUGUAUAAAUGUAUCGUACAGCGACAUAGAGCUUUGUACAUAAUAUUUUGGCUGUGCAUGAAGGUUUGUGUGUAGGCCCCCCAAAAAAGAAAAAAAAAAGACAUUUUAUGGUACUGAACCUUGAUGGGUCCAAUGCGUGGUGUUAAGUUACGGUAUAUUUCUUGCAUAGCGUGCAGUUUUUUUUUUUUUUUGUCCCUCUAUUUGAAUGUGCAUGUAUCUUGAUUUAUGUGUAUGAAUUUAUUGUGAGGAUGUUAGCUUUAGAAUGUGAAGCUCGUGAAAGCACACACGUUCAUCAGACAUUCUUCGCAGAGGUUUUUUGCGUAUUGUUUUCAUUUUUGAAGCUAGCUGUCUCACACAAUUUUUGUUUGUUAUUUUGCGUAUUAUGUUGAACAUGCUGCAUGAACUGUGUGAAAGUUACUUCAGUUAUAGGCAAUCUUGUUAAAGCAUAUUGUUUGAAAUUCAUGUACUAUUUAUGCAUUGUGUUACAGUUUAAGAAGUCUAAGUGUCUCUGAUGUUAUCAGCUGCGUGUGCUAUACUCCUGUACCGAAGCAAAAUUGCUGCAACUGUCAUGCCAAUCAGGUUACCCCUUACCUACGCACGUAUGCGUAUUCAGAAAGUAUUUUUCCAUGGGUAAGGAUUUCAGUCGGGACUAUUUUUGUAUACAGUUCCUCAGCUGUUUGUUAGAAGCAGGGCGUUCAAUAAAACAUAAUGCAGCAGAAUCUUACAUCAGAAUAUGUUGUUUAGGGUUCCAGAUAAGAAAUGGCUGCGUCUAUGCAGCUUCUCCAGAAUAGUUGGAUACCAACACUUAUACACUGCUUGUGAUACUAUUGCAUUUCCUCACCUACUGUAGAUAACAAAGCAAGAGGCUUGUAGCUCCAUUGUGCUAUCGCCACAAAAUGUUCUGUUCCAAAGCAGAUGUACCGUGCACAAACUGUGGACGGACAUUUUGUUUACACUUUAUAUCGGGUGAUUUCUUACUCUUUCAAAAUGUUGGUGCAACAGAAGGCUGCAGCGAUAAAAUGCAUGUAGACCACUGCAAAACGCACCGAUGCAGUUUGAACCGACUACUAAUUUACUUUGCUAUGUCACUGAACUAUUAAUACUAUACACUUUAACCAUACAUCCACAGUAUUUUGAUAUACUUUUCAUCACUGUAUGCUUCCAGAUUAAAUGUGCCGAACAAGUUAAUACCAAAGCCAUCGUCGAAGAUGCCACACCUCCAUGUAUAUUACACGCAGCUCGACUUAAAACAACCCGACUCAUAUGCCAUACUUUUCUAACCAUGUACACAAUGCUGUAUAAAUGUCCAGUUAGCUCCACACUUUUUAAAAAUGCUUUUUCUAAAGGAGCAAAAAAAAAACAAAUGAUUCGCUUCUCCGAGUAAUGUAUGCUCUUGUAUGUUUCUGUAACUACAGUUCAAUCUGAAAAUACAAGAUGAGUUGUAAUA